UCUAAAAUCUAACUAAUGCUUCUUCGGAAAUCCAAUAGCUUAAUCAAAAUCAUCAACUCAACAUUAAUUGAUUUACCUGCUCCCUCAAACAUUUCAUACAUAUGAAAUUAUGGAUCCUUACUUAGAAUAUGUUUAAUUAUUCAAAUUUUAACAGGAGUUUUUCUAGCUAUACACUUUUCAAGAGAUAUUACAACUGCAUUUUCAAGAGUAUCACACAUCACACGUGAUGUCAAUCUAGGAUGAAUAAUCCGAGCAGCACAUGCUAACACAGCCUCUUUCUUCUUUAUUUUCUUAUACAUUCACGUAGCACGUGGUCUAUUUUUCUCUUCAUUCUAUUUAAAAGGCCCUUGAAUUUCAGGAACAAUCAUCAUUUUAAUUUUAAUAGCUACUGCAUUUUUAGGAUAUGUUCUACCUUGAGGCCAAAUAUCAUUCUGAGGGGCAACAGUAAUUACAAAUCUUCUUUCAGCUAUUCCCUACAUCGGUCAUACAAUUACUCAAUGAAUUUGAGGUGGGUUUUCAGUUGAUAACCCCACCUUAACUCGAUUCUUUACUCUUCAUUUUUUAUUCCCUUUUAUCCUACUAGCGAUAAUUAUAAUUCACAUCUCACUUCUUCACGAAACAGGCUCAUCAAAUCCAUUAGGAAUUUCUAACAGUAUUGAUAAAAUUCCUUUCCAUCCAUAUUUUACAUAUAAGGAUAUUUUAGGGGUAAUUUUAGCACUUAUAUUGCUAACACUAGUAAUUUUAAUUUAUCCGUAUAUAUUUUCCGACCCAGAGAAUUUCCUAAUAGCAAAUCCACUUAUCACUCCACCCCAUAUUCAACCAGAAUGAUACUUCCUAUUCGCUUAUGCAAUUCUUCGAUCAAUUCCCAAUAAACUAGGAGGGGUUGUAGCUUUAGUUAUAUCUAUUCUAAUUAUUUUAAUUCUUCCAUUCACAACAAAAUCAAAGUUUAAAUCAUCAUCAAUAAACCCAAUUAAAAAAAUCUUAUUCUGAAUCUUCGUUAAUACAUUCAUUCUAUUAACAUUUAUCGGAGCUUGUCCAGUAGAGCCACCAUUCAUUAACAUUGGACAAAUCCUAACUAUAAUAUACUUUUCAUAUUUUUUAAUUACACCAAUUUUUAAAUA